AUGGCGGACGAUCAGUUAGAUUUGGCUGCGAAGGCGUUUAAAGCCUCAGCAAACUACGAGGAAGCGCGACCAACAUAUUCUGUUGAAUCUGUAAGAUUUCUUCUGGAAAAGGUCGGGAUCUUAGAAGAAAAGGAAAUGAAAAGCCAGCCACGUACUAUUCUUGAAUUAGGUUGCGGUACAGGGAAAUUCACAAGGAUUCUGAUGGAGGUUUUAAAAGACACAGAUACCCGAGUGAUAGCGACUGAUCCCCUGGAAAAUAUGCUGAAAGAGUUUCGAAAAAUUUUCCCAAACUUCGAAGUGGAACAGAGCAGCGCAGAGAACAUUGCUUUUCCAGACUCAAGUGUAGAUGUGGUCCUGGCAGCCCAUUGUUUCCACUGGUUUGCAAAUGAAGAAGCUGUGAAAGAGAUAUACCGUGUGUUAACUCCACAGGGAACUUUGGGAAUGAUCUGGGCAUUACCAGAUGAAUCAGUACCUUGGCUAAAAGAGAUGAUGACAUUUUUUCAUCCAUUGGAAGAAGACUUCAAGUAUACUAUUUCAAAAGAAACCAUGGACAAAGUCUUUGAAGAAGUUGGGAAGCUCUUCACGAUCGAGAAGGAGUCAGGUAAAAAGACUUCUUGGCAUCUUAGUUAUGAUGGCUGUUACAAGUACUUUGUAUCAAAAGGAAUCAUACAGAGAGGCACAGAUGAAGUCAAAUGUCAGUUUAAGACUUGGUUUGAUUAUAUUAUAGGUAAGCAUUUUCCUAACAGUGAAGGAAAGGAGUCAAUCACUUUUCCUUUAGCUUAUUUAAUUUGCUGGUGCAAGAAAAAAAAAUUAUGAUGAAAGGCUAGAGGUCUUUUGUAUUAGUGCUCUCUUGAAAUCAUAUCUGGUUUGUGGUGGACUUCUAAAAUAGCUUUUACGUUUACGUCAGUUUGAACCAUUGUGAGAUUGUAUAAUCAAAUUUCUCCUGGGCAAUUUUUAAAAAUACAGUUAAUAAAAUAAUACAAAUUAAAUGAGAGAUAGUCAAAACAGGCAUUAUGCAUAAGCUGAAUAAUGUAUAUUGACGUAAUGUAAUAAGUACAACAAAUAAGAAGUGAAGGAAUCAUUCAAAAGAGCUCCUUAACUUUGCAAGGGAUGUUACUUAAGUAACAUAAUGUAAAACAUAUAUCAUAUUG